GUGCUAACUUAGAAAGUAACAUUUAAGAACACUUUUGAUGACAUUUCUCGCAAAUCGCAUUGGAAGAUAAUACCUGGAAAACAAAGGGUCCAUUAGCUAUCAUUAGCCGGUUUCCUUCUUCAGCCUUUGUUUUUAGUUCAUUUUUGUAUCUUUCUCAGUAGACUUCGAUGAGAAUUUCCCAUGUUCCUUUCCUUUUCAUCAUAUUAUGCUACUACUUCUGGAUACAUCACACUGUUUAUUUCACCGUGGUUUCUGGUCAAAUUGUGGAAGAUCAACAACAGUCAUUGCUACAAUUGAAGAACAGCCUCAGAUUCGAGCAAGAAAAAUCUCACAAACUUGUGUUCUGGAAUUCAAGCACAAAUUGCUGUAAGUGGACAGGUGUAACCUGUGAUCAGGAGGGACAUGUUAUUGGCCUUGACCUGAAUGGAGAAUCAAUCAAUGGUGGAUUUGACAAUUCAAGUACUCUUUUCAACCUGCAGAGUCUCCGGAUACUGAAUUUGUCUGUUAAUAACUUUAGUUCUCAGAUACCAUCUGGAUUCAGCAAGUUGAAGAACUUAACAUAUCUGAAUUUGUCUCAUGCUGGUUUUGUCGGGCAGAUUCCAAUAGAUAUUUCUUCCCUCGCAAGGUUGGUUACUCUUGAUAUCUCUUCUCUUUCCUUUCUAUAUAAGCAACCGCUGAAACUUGAAAGCUUAAAUCUACAUAUGCUUGUCCAAAACUUCACCAUGAUUAGACAAUUGUAUAUGGAUGGUGUUAGUGUAUCAGCUGAGGGAAAAGAAUGGAUCAAUGCUUUGUUGCAGCUACCUACCCUGCAGGAGCUGAGCAUGUCAAACUGCAAUCUCUCAGGACCUCUUGAUCCUUCCCUGACAAGACUUCAAAACUUAUCAAUUAUUCGUCUUGAUCAAAACAAUUUAUCAUCCCCGGUGCCACAAACCUUUGCUGAUUUUCCAAAUUUGACAACCCUUCACCUUAGUUCCUGUGAAUUGACAGGAAUAUUUCCAGAGAAGAUCUUUCAGGUAGCAACGUUGUCUGACAUAGACUUGUCAUUCAACUAUGAUCUUAAUGGAUCUUUGCCUGAAUUACCUCCGAAUGGUUCCCUUCAGAAAUUAAUUGUGAGUCACACAAGGUUCUCAGGAGCAUUGCCAGCUUCUAUUGGUAAUCUUAGGCAGUUAUCCGUCUUAGAUCUUUCUAAUUGCAAUUUUAGCGGAACACUACCCCGAUCAAUGUCAGGACUCAAGGAACUUACUUCUCUGCUUUUUUCGUUUAAUAAUUUCACUGGUCCAAUUCCGUCUUUGAAUAUGUCCAGGAACCUCAAGCAUUUAGACUUCUCACACAAUUAUUUCACAGGUUCAAUCACUUAUGUUCACUUGGAAGGCCUAAGAAAGCAGGUCCAAAUUGAUUUUCAGGACAACUUACUUGAUGGAAACAUUCCUUCUUCUAUUUUUGCACUUCCAUUGGUACAAAGUAUUUAUCUCUCCAACAACCAUUUCCGCGGGCAGCUUGAUGACUUUUCAAAUAUCUCCUCUUCCAUGUUAGAGACUCUUGAUUUAAGAAGUAAUAAUUUAGAAGGCCCCAUUCCUCCAUCUAUUUUUAAUCUCACGUCUCUUAAAGUCCUUGAACUGUCAUUCAACAAGUUAAAUGGCAGAAUAAAGCUAGAUGUGCUUCAGAAACUUUCAAAUCUAACUACACUUGCUCUUUCACACAACAACUUGUCAGUAGACACAAAUCUUACAAAUGUAGGACUUAUAUCUUCCUUCCACAAUAUGAGCAGUUUAGGUUUGGCUUCCUGCUACCUGACAGAGUUCCCUAGUUUCUUGAAAAACCAUUCCAGAAUAACCACUUUAGACCUCUCAAGUAACCAUAUUCGAGGAUCUAUACCAGCAUGGAUCUGGCAACUUAACUCCCUUGUUCAAUUAAAUCUUUCUCACAAUUUUCUCAGCAGUUUAGAAGGAUCUGUGCAGAACACUAGUUCCCAUCUGAGCGUCCUUGACCUUCAUGAUAACCAACUCCAAGGGAAGCUUCAAAUAUUCCCAGUGCAUGCCACUUAUUUGGACUAUUCAAGUAAUAAUUUCAGUUUCACUAUUCCUACAGAUGCUGCUACUCGUCUGUCUUCCAUAAUUUUUCUGUCUCUAUCCAAAAAUAAUUUAUCUGGCAGUAUUCCUCAAUUUUUGUGCAAUAGUUCACAGCUGCUGGUUCUGGAUGUUUCCUAUAAUCAUUUCAAUGGGAUGAUUCCAGAGUGCCUAACACAGAGUGGCUCAAUUGCAGUCUUAAAUCUGCAACAUAACAAGUUUAAUGGCAGCAUUCCAGAUAAAUUUCCAGUAUCUUGUGCUCUGAGGACUCUGGAUCUCAAUAGUAAUCUAUUGAAGGGUCCAAUUCCCAAAUCCCUCGAAAAUUGCUCAUCAUUAGAGGUGUUGGAUCUUGGAAACAAUGAGGUCGAUGAUGGAUUUCCAUACUUCUUAAAUUCAAUAUCCACAUUCCGUGUCCUGGUUUUGAGGGGAAACAAAUUUCAUGGUCACAUUCAAUGUCCUGAUACUAACAGUAGUUGGCCAAUGCUUCAAAUUUUUGAUGUGGCCUUCAACAAAUUUAGUGGUUUACUUCCAGGAAAAUGUUUCAAAACAUGGAAGGCAAUGAAGCUUGACGAAUAUCAUGAUGCCUCAAAAUUAAAUCACAUAACAUCUGCGGUCCUUACAUUUGGUGGUAUAUAUUAUCAGGACUCUGUGACACUUACAAUCAAAGGUUUGCAGUUGGAGUUUGUUAAAGUCCUAAAUCUUAUUACAGCCGUUGACUUCUCGUCCAACAAUUUUAAUGGAACAGUACCAGAAGAGCUUAUAGAUUUUACCGGACUUUAUGCUCUCAAUUUGUCACAUAAUGGUUUAACAGGCCAAAUCCCUUCAUUAGGGAAUUUAAUUUCACUUGAAUCAUUGGACCUGUCAAGCAACAAUCUUGGAGGAGAAAUUCCCUCAAGUAUUGCAAAUUUAAGUUUCCUCUCAUACCUAGACCUUUCCCAUAACUUUCUGGAAGGGAAAAUCCCUGUAGGUACCCAACUUCAAUCAUUUGAUGCAUCUUCCUUUGUUGGUAAUGUAGAAUUGUGUGGACCUCCUUUGACUAAAAUUUGCUCUGAUACAAGCAAUGGAAAAGAAGAAGCACCUGAUGUACAUAGAGAUUAUGCAGAUAAAUUUGACUGGAUUUAUGUAUUAAUUGGAGUGGGUUUUGGGGUAGGAGCAGGAAUUGUUGUGGCUCCCUCAUUGUUUUUGGAGAGAACGAAAAAAUGGAGCAACCGUAAAAUUGAUAAAGCUCUCAUCGUCGUUCUUCCAUUGUUUGGUUGGACUUGGAUUCCCAUUCAUGACGAUGAAGAUAAUGAUGAUGAAGAAGAAGCAGAGAAAGAUACUAAGGAAAAUAACUCAGACAUGGAAGAGGAUUGUGAUUACAGGGAGAUGCAAAAUAACUUGGUCCAUCAAAGGUUUCGAGGGCGGUACUGUGCCUUCUGUUCCAAGCUUCAUAUCAGUAACAAGAAGGUUAUUCAUGAUCCAAGGUGUACCUGUUUCCCAUCACCUCCCAUUUCAACAUCAACUUAUCUAGAUUCAUAUUCUUCUCAUUCACACUCAUGAUGAAAACAUGUGCAUUUGUUUCUUUUGUUUUCCCUUUAUUCUUUGUUCAGAUUCGAUACAUGUACCUACCUCUCUGGUUGUUCCCUCUAUUCUUUGUUCUAUUUUGUAUGCACAUAGAAAUUGAACCAACGGGUAGCAAAAUACAAAGAGAAAGCAACCAUGUACCUCUCUUUUGAGGUAGUUUUGUGGGUACAAGGAAAGUCCUUGAAUAAUA